AUGUUGAAGUUCAUAAACACAUUCAUGAGGUUCGGAAGAACAUCCUUUUGUCGCUCCGGCCUAAAUUAUACGGGUCCGCAGAUGGUUGGUCCAGCUAACAACAUGACGCUUCAAAGUAUCAGAAACUACAAAGUCAGGACAUCCGUGAAGAAGUUCUGUCCACAUUGCUACAUCGCCAAGAGAAAGGGCAGGGUUUACGUUCUUUGCAAAGUCAAUGGCAAACACAAGCAACGUCAAGGUUAA